CUCAGAGCCGUCUGGACGAUUAGUGCGACCUCGCAUUACCCCGCCGCCUCAUUUGAUAUUUAACUCGCCUGCUGCCGUGCCUCCUCAGAGCCGUCCGGACGAUUAGUCCGCCCUCGCAUUCCCCCACCGUCCCCGCCGCCGCCGCCGCAUCUGGGAUGAUCUCCGUCGACGAAGCGCUCCGCGCGGUGCUGCGCGUGGCUGAGCAGCGAAAACCGACGCCGGUCGCGCUCGCUCUUCCCGACGCCCUCGGCCUCGUCUUGGCCGAAGACAUCCGCGCCCCCGACCCCUUGCCUCCCUAUCGCGCCUCCAUUAAGGAUGGGUAUGCUGUGGUAGCUUCUGAUGGACCCGGUGAAUAUCCUGUAAUUACAGAGUCAAGAGCUGGCGACGAUGGGCUUGAUGUGGUGGUUACUCCCGGAACUGUCGCAUAUGUGACUACUGGAGGACCUAUUCCUGACGGUGCUGAUGCUGUUGUGCAAGUUGAGGAUACCGAAGAAGUCACUGGCGUGUUGGAUGGUCUGAAGCGGGUUAGGAUAUUGGCGGGAGUAACAAAAGGGCGUGAUAUUCGUAAUGUGGGAUGCGACAUUGAGAAAGAUGCAGUAGUGUUGAAGUCAGGUGAGCUCAUAGGUUGCCCUGAGGUCGGUCUUCUAGCGACAGUCGGAGUCACUAAAGUGAAGGUCUACCCUAGGCCGACUAUUGCUGUGCUUUCUACAGGAGAUGAGCUAGUGGAACCGUCGAUUCAAUCUCUGAGCCGUGGCCAGAUUAGAGACUCUAACCGUGGCAUGCUACUGGCGGCGGCGAUUCAGCAGCAAUGUAAAAUUAUUGAUUUGGGUAUCGCAAAAGAUGAAGAAGAUCGCCUUAAUGAGGUUUUGGAUGUGGCUGUGAACUCGAAUAUUGAUAUACUUAUAACUUCUGGUGGUGUUUCCAUGGGCGAUAAGGAUUUCGUCAAACCUUGUUUGGGAAAGAGAGGAAUUAUUCAUUUUGAAAAGGUUCUUAUGAGGCCAGGAAAGCCGUUGACGUUUGCUGAAAUUUCUGCACAAGUGAAAGAUUCUGAGCGCUCUAAGACCAUCCUCGCAUUUGGUUUGCCUGGAAAUCCUGUGAGCUGCAUUAUUGGCUUUAAUAUUUUUGUUAUCCCUGCGAUACGCCAGCUUUCUGGUUGGUCGAAUCCUCAGCUCCAAAGGGUACAUGCGCGACUCACACAGCCUAUAAGAACAGACCCUCAUCGCCCGGAGUUUCAUCGUGCAAUAAUAAGAUGGGAGCUUGAUGAUGGAUCCGGAUGGCCUGGUUUUGUCGCCAAGAGCACUGGUCAGCAAACAAGCAGCCGUUUACUAAGUAUGAAGUCUGCAAAUGCAUUGCUAGAGUUGCCGGCAAGUGGACAGAUACUUGAUGCAGGAACGGCCGUUCGGGCUAUAGUAAUUUCAGAUAUAAGCAGCUUUCCUGCUAACAAGUUGGUUGGUGAGCCAGCUUCUCUGUCACUUCAUGAUGGGCAUGCUAAUCGAAUCCCGGCUUCAUCUAUGUUGUCAGACACCGGAUCUCAGGAAACAAAGCUUAAAGUAGGAAUACUUACUGUCAGUGAUACUGUCUCAUCAGGUGCUGGCCCUGAUAGGAGUGGUCCAAGAGCAAUUGCUGUUGUGAAUUCUUUAUCAGAAAAGCUAGGAGGAGCGAAUGUGGUUGCAACAGCUGUAGUUCCUGAUGAAGUAGAAGAGAUAAAGGAUGUGCUACAAAAGUGGAGCGAUAUUGAUAACAUCAACCUCAUUUUGACCUUAGGUGGGACUGGAUUUACACCAAGAGAUGUUACACCUGAAGCUACGAAGUCUGUGAUAGAGAAAGAAGCUCUUGGUCUUGUAUUUGCAAUGCUUCAAGAGAGUAUGAAGGUGACACCAUUUGCGAUGCUCUCGAGGGCGACUGCGGGGAUCAGAGGGUCAACAUUGAUCAUCAACAUGCCCGGUAAUCCGAACGCGGUUGCUGAAUGCAUGGAGGCGCUGAUUCCGGCUCUCAAACAUGCCCUGAGGCAGAUAAAGGGGGACAAGAGAGAGAAGCAUCCCCGUCACAUUCCGCAUUCCAAAGCGCAGCCGGUAGACCAAUGGGAACGGAGCUUUCAGGCUGCCUUUGCCGGCGGAGAUUGUCCGUGCUCACAUUAAACAAAUUUUCGAGAGGUGGUCGAAAGUGCGGAGGCGUUACGCGGCAGUUGUAUGCGUGGAGAGCUGUAGAAAUGGAGAUUUGUCGAUGCUAUCGACGUUUUGUAGCAUUCCGUUGUACUGUGUUAACACAAAAGAGGGAUGAAGAGUUUCUUGUCGAACUUUCGAGGUUCCAAAAUAACUUAUUCUAAAUAUUAUGUUACGUGGUUGUAGCAACUGAGACUGAAUUAUGAAAUUAAGGACUGGAAGAAAGAAAAGAAAAUCAAUUA